AACACACCCAUUAUUUCCUCUCACUCUAAACUCUCUCUCUAAAACUAUACAUUUUCAAGAUGAAGUCUCCUCGUGAGGGACACUACCGGGGCGUACGGAAGCGGCCGUGGGGGCGUUACGCGGCGGAGAUCCGCGACCCAUGGAAGAAGACACGUGUCUGGUUGGGUACUUUUGAUACGCCGGAGGAAGCUGCGAUGGCUUACGACGGUGCUGCACGAUCUCUCCGUGGCUCAAAAGCCAAGACGAACUUUCCGUUGACGGUGCUACCAUCGCCGUCUUUGUGUUUAGAUCUUAACAGUUUUCCAUCUGAACAGCAUGUACGGUGGGUGGCUGCGCCGCCUGCUAGGCAACAGGUUGGGUGUAGUAGUAGUGUUUAUGGGGAUUACCAACGUGGUGGUGGGUGUUGUUCCGAUGUGUUGGUGGUGGAACAUGGCGGGGUUGGUGAGAUGCCGGUGGUGGUGAGACGUGGGUUGGGUGUGGAUUUGAAUGAGCCUCCACCGAUUUGGCUGUGAAAUAAAUUAAUGUUUGUGUUUGUCGUAUGAAGUCGUUUGUUCAUAGUUUUAAAUUUUUAUAAAUAAUAUUUUGUCUCGUGUUGAUCAGUAGUAGUUUGAGUAUAAAUCACUAGUUUUUCUUCAA